CACCAGCUUAGUUUCAGAUGGCGAGAUACUCAACUGGCACGGUUGUUGACUUUUCUAAAUCUGUACGAAUCGUUGUGAUUGGUGACAAGGGCACUGGAAAGUCCAGCUUGAUUGCCGCUGCAGCCACCAAUUCUUUCCCUGCCAAUGUCCCUCCUGUUUUGCCUGAUACCAAGUUGCCUCUUCAGUUCUUCCCUGACGGUAUACCCGUCACCAUCGUUGACACUUCCUCAAGGCAGGAAGAUAGGGGCAUGGUUGCCGAGGAAUUGAAGCACGCAGAUGCAGUGGUUUUGACACAUGCCAGUGACGACCGACCUGAGACUCUCCAACGUUUGAGUACAUACUGGCUUCCAGAGCUUCGGCGGUUAGAGGUAAAGGUUCCUAUAGUUGUAGCAGGCUGUAAGCUUGACCUCGACAAGAACCAGGCCAGCUUCGAACAAGUGAUGUCACCUAUAAUGAACCAGUUUCGGGAGAUUGAGACUUGUAUCGAAUGUUCUGCCCUGAAGCAAAUCCAGGCACAAGAAGUUUUCUAUUAUGCACAAAAAAAAUGUCAUUCACCCAACAGCACCUCUGUUUGAUCAAGAAACUCAGGCAUUGAAGCCACGGUGUGUAAGGGCCUUGAAGCGUAUCUUUAUACUAUGUGACCAUGAUAAAGAUGGUGCUCUUAACGAGGCUGAGUUAGAUCAAUUUCAGGUUUUAUUUCCUCUUCUUGUGAUCUGGCUAUUUCAUCAUCAAUAUGGCUCUAGACUAUCCUUUACAAUUCUCUUUAUCCCAAUGACGCACCUAAUAGUUGUCUCAAAUAGGUCAAGUGCUUCAAUGCGCCAUUGCAGCCUAAUGAAAUCGAAGGUAUUAAGAGGGUUGUGCAAGAAAGGUUACCAGAAGGUGUGAAUGAAAUAGGACUGACAGUGGCUGGCUUCCUGUUUCUACAUG